CCUUAACACGGUGCCUCCCUUUUAUACACUCCAUAUACCUCAGAUCCGAGACAAUUCCGCGAGUUAGUUCCUAGAAUUACUAAAUCAUACCCUAUAAUCCACUCGGGCCUGACAUCUGGUCAAUUAGCUCACGGCCGCGGCUGGCGGGAACUCGCGACUAGCAAACAUACCCAUCCAUAGCUGGAUCCAUUCCCAGUUUUCCCCUUCCGAACCCCCAACAUCCUCCCCAAAUCCCCAAAUCAACGAGGCGACGCCGAGCUCCGGCAGAACCGAGUCGCCGCACUCGGGCUCGAUCAGUGAUCCACGAGCUCGUCCGCCCACCACGACGCCGACAAAGGUCGAGGAGUACGGGGAUCUACCUCCGCCGGGCGUCGUCGCCGCGGUCGCGGUGAUGGCUGCCGCCGCAGAUCUAUUCGCGAGGUCACGGUCGCCGCCCAUCACACUGGCGCGCAGGUGGUUUCACAUGGCGCCCACGUCCCUCAAGAAGUUCAACGACCCAAUUAAGUGGCACCCACAGCUUAGAUAAAUCCCAGCAAGCAACUCGUGCGGCGGUGCAGCUCUUUUAAAUUGGGUGCAGAAGUCUUCUUCCUCCCUUUGCAUCUCCCUCUCAGCCCUUUUAAAUGGCGCGCCGCCGAGCAGCGAUUGGCAUUGCAGCUCCACGCGGUGAUCAUGGCGCCGCCGCUCUUCGUUCUCCUCCUCCUCUGCCUUGCCACCUUGCCGAGAGACACCGCUGCUGCGCUGACCCGCCAUGACUUCCCCGACGGGUUCAUCUUCGGCGCGGGCACCUCAGCCUUCUAGGUGGAAGGGGCUGCUGCAGAAGGUGGGAGGAAGCCCAGCAUCUGGGACACCUUCACCCAUCAAGGUUACUCCUAUGAUAAAUCUACCGCAGAUAUCUCAGCAGAUCAGUAUCACCAUUAUAAGGUUGUUGUCAAGAUCUAGCACCACUUGAAAAUAAAACGCAAAUGGGACACAGACGUGUACAGAUUCUCCAUCGCAUGGCCCCGGCUUAUACCAGAUGGAAGAGGAGAGAUCAAUCCGAAGGGCUUGGAGUACUACAACAACUUAAUAGAUGAACUGAUACGGCACGGCAUACAACCUCAUGUCACAAUCUACCAUUUCGAUCUCCCUCAGUCUCUUCAGGAUGAAUACAACGGACUGCUCAGCCCCAGAUUCAUGUGAGUGCAACAACCUUUGGGGCACCAUCUCUGACACCCGCAAAUCAAGAGACGAUUACACCGCGUAUGCCGAAGCCUGCUUCAAGAGCUUCGGGGACAGGGUGAAGCACUGGGUCACCGUCAACGAGCCCAAUAUAGAGACCAUAGGAGGCCUCGACAGUGGCGUGUUGCCACCGCAGCGCUGCUCCCAUCCCUUCGGGAACUGCACCAGGGGUGAUUCUACGACAGAGCCAUACAUAGCCGCGCACCACCUCCUGCUUGCACAUGCCUCAGCAGUGUCCCUGUAUAGAGCCAAGUAUCAGGCAACUCAAAGAGGGCAGAUAGGAAUUACUCUCUUGGGUUGGUGGCAUGAGCCAGCUACCGAUUCAUCGGAGGAUGCAGCUGCUGCAACGAGGAUGAAUGACUUCCACAUUGGAUGGUUUAUGCAUCCUUUGGUGUAUGGGGACUACCCUGCUGUGAUGAGGAGCAGGGUAGGCGCACGGUUGCCGGAUUUUACAGCGGAGCAGUCGAAGAAAUUGCCCGGAUCAUUUGACUUCGCCGGCUUCAAUCACUACCUUGUUGUUCGGGCGCGAGCCCAUGAUAGCGCGUUCAAUACGAAGCAGAGGGACUACUAUGCUGAUGCAUACGCCAUCGCAAAUCCGUUCGAUGAUAUCCAAGAGGGCCACCUUGAGUAUGCUCCUUGGGCUCUAGGGAGGCUACUGGACCACCUGAAGCUCAAGUACGGGAAUCCACCAGUCAUGAUCCAUGAAAACGGAUACGCAGACGCCUCCGAACUCCCGCGGAAGGUCGAGUACGAGGACGACGACAGAUCAGAGUUCCUGCAAGAUUAUCUGGAAGUUCUCUAUCUGUCCAUAAGGAACGGAUCAAACGCGCGGGGAUACUUCGUGUGGUCUUUCCUCGACGUUUUCGAGUUCCUCUUCGGCUACCGCUCGCGGUUCGGCCUGUGCGGCGUCGACAUGAACGGCGAGGGGAGGACAAAAUACGUGAGGAACUCUGGCCGCUGGUACUCUGGCUUCCUCAAAGGCGGCGAGCUGCGGCCGGCGUCGUCGUCGGGGAAAGCCUACGUCGCCGCGUGACUUGGGCUUCUGCACACGUUUUCGUUGUCGUUGAGGCCAUGGCGCCGGUGCCGCUUUGGUUGUUUUAUUAAUUCUCUUCUCUAUCUGUAUAUUUCUCCGUGAAACAUUGAGUUGUGUAUUUGGACGCGCCAGCAUCACCUUAAAAUUACUUUGGGAUGCAAUGUACUUCUCGUGCGUGGCAUCGGUCAAAUUGACGAUCUCCAGAAAAAUGUGCAGCCUUAUUAUAAACUGAAAA